UUGGAAGAUUAUUUAUUUAUUUUCUUGGCGCCUAUAAAUACGGCGGUGAGGGCGCGUUGCGGGUAUUGUGCUUCUGCGGAAGGAAAUCUCUCUCUCUCUCUCUCUCUUUUUGUUGGUUUCUCUCUGUUUUCGUCUCCCUCUCGCGUCCUGAUUCAGCUUUGAGAUCUGCUGCUGACAAGUUAGUGGGCAAAGCUCCGUUCGGUUCGUUCUUUCGAUUUUCAACAGCCAAGUUUUCAUGUCUGAGAUCGACAUCCAGAUUCCUACUGCUUUUGAUCCGUUCGCUGAGGCAAAUGCUGUGGACUCCGGCGCUGGGGCAAAGGAGUAUGUGCAUGUGCGCAUACAGCAGCGGAAUGGUAGGAAAAGCCUGACUACGGUGCAGGGAUUGAAGAAAGAAUUUAGCUACAACAAGAUCCUCAAGGACCUGAAGAAGGAAUUUUGCUGCAAUGGAACUGUAGUGCAGGACCCGGAACUGGGCCAGGUUAUACAACUUCAGGGGGAUCAGCGGAAGAAUGUCUCAACUUUCCUGGUUCAGGCCGGCAUUGUAAAGAAGGAGCACAUAAAAAUUCAUGGUUUCUAAAGGCUUGCUGAAAACAUACUAUAAGCAGGACAGUGGCGGACUGGGUGGGGAUCACAGGUGUAUCUUUCCUUGGAUUUCGAUGCCAGUGGCGUGUCUUCUGGGGGAGGAAAUAAACUAUUUCUUGUUUGAUGUUUGCAUUUCUGAUAUAUUCCUAUGCCUAAGGUUGUAAACUGCUUUAUUUUGAAGGUUAGUCACUUCGUCUCAACGUACUCUUAUCAAAGAUCAUGGUUAUGUUUUUUGUCCAA